AUGAUACGGAAAUAUUACAAGGCUCUAAACCAAAAGCUAAAUGUGCUUGUAUGUCAUGAUGAGGCUUUCUCAACUUCAAACUUUCAACAUAUGAUGAUUGUUCAUGAAGCCACAGUCAAAAUUUUGCUCUUAGAGAGUAAGAGGCUAUCUGAGGAACAUGAGAAGUUGGUGAAUGCAACAGCUGUGAAGAUAGAUGCAACUCCAAAUGAAUUCAAGGAAUAUAAAACUUUUACCUUAUAUGACAACAUUGUUCAUAGUUCGAAAUUCACAUUCCCCAUUAAUACUAUUGUGAAUCAUUAUGAUGGUGAAGCAAAGAUGGUUGAUGAGCUUGCAAGAAAAGAUGUGAAGAUAACAUCUAUCAAGCAUGAAUGGACAUUUGCAAAGACUGAGUUGGUUAAGAGGGAUGAUGAAAUAUUAUUAGUGAAGGGACAAAAUUUUGAAAUAAAUCAAAGGUUAGUCAAAAAUUUAGAAGAGAAGGAUGCACCGCAUGUUGACUACAUGUCUGCUCUAUUAUAUGCGAAACCUCAACCUUUUGCAAAACUUCUUUUAGUUGAAGAUGUUAUAAAUAGUGUUUCUAAUUUGCAACAAGGGGGUUAUAGUGGUAACAUCAACAUUGUGAACCUUAUAUGGUUCCUAACAUGCAAAAGAAUACUCAGAUUGUUAAUCCACCUGAAGUUUAUCAUAAUGAUGAUGAACCUAAAAAGGAAGAAUGAUGAGCAUAUGGAGAGGUUGAAACAAUUACAAAUAAAAAUAGAUCAACAAGAGGCAGAGAAAAGGGAAAGGAAGUUGUUGACUGAGGAUGAAAGUAUUAUGGCUAGAAUGGAAUAUUGGUAUGAUGAUGAGUGA